AUGUCUGAAACUCUACUCGCGCAGCAUCCCCCCGCAAUCAAAGUCGGAGGUCGGCGCCUCUCCGUCGGUAACAACAAAUACAAGGCUCACACUAUCCCUGGUGGAAACUCCACGAAUCCGAGUUCUAAUGGAACCGAGAAUCCUGACUACCCUCGCCCAACUGCUCACGAGACCGACAGAGCACCUCAGAAAGAGGAUGAAGCUCCGAAGAAGCAAAAGAAGCAGGGCCACCGGGCGCGGGACGACAAACAGUUUAAGGAGAACCCCAACAAAAAACUCGACGCCAUUCAGCCCACCAGAGAUAGUGUGGCCAGUAAGCAUGGGUUUGGAGCUGCUGGCAGAAUUGGACAACCCAUGUCCAAAGGGCUCAUUGUGUAA